AUGGCUCGGAGUAACCCUUCCACAUCUCCAGUGAAAAGGAAUUCUGAUGCCAAAGAUAGAUCCUCGAAACCUCUUAUACAAAAGCAAGGAAUACAAGAAUCUAUCUACGUUGAAGCGCAAGAUUCGAUCCUGACCGCAUCCCGCCUUUGGAUGAAAACCGUGAUUGAUAUCAUCCACGACGAUAUUCAGAGUCGCAGCGAUGCGCAGACGAUCUCUUCACGUCAAAGUGUUCGAGGAGGGGGUUCAAGGCGCGAAAGCACCCACUCGUCAAACAGAGAAAGGAAGAAAGGUUUGCAGGAGUCGAAGAGAAUGGAGAGUUUCAUGGCAGAUGAGGCGGGCCUAGCCUUGGCUUCUUUGGCGAUCGAGGAGGGUACAUUAACAACAGAUUCGAAACGUCGCAUAACUGUGCAGCUGAACGAGUUCGAUGAAAUGUUUGAAGGCGUUGGGGAGAAUAAGCCAUCUUGA